CAAGAACCGGACCGGCUGAGAUUCCGAUUCACAAUUUAAUCGGCCGAUCCGAUCCGCUUCUGAUAACAUUAGUUUAAAAGUUAGGAUAUCCAAUACGGCCUUUUAUUUAGUAUAUUUCCGUAUUGUACCAUUUUUACCAUUUCGGUAUUGAAGCCAAGUCCGCCGAUUUUGUUUUCUCAUCCUUCCUUUUCCUACCUUUUUCUCUUCCCUCUGAACGACUUGUUCUCUCCCUUUCUCUCUUUCCUUCUCACGGCCGUGCUUAUAAAUCUUUGUAUGUGGCAAUCUCAUCUUAUACAUACGUGGGUAGACAUUUCUCAAAUUCCAUUCGCUUUCGUUUCUUUCAUCUGAAUCUCAUCAUGGGAGAUGCUAAUGCCAAAGAUGGAACAAUUUCUGUGGCUUCUGCAUUUGCCGGUCACGAAGAAGUUGUACAGGAUAGAGACCACAAAUUCUUAACGAAAGCUGUUGAAGAGGCUUAUAAAGGGGUAGAAUAUGGGGACGGUGGUCCAUUUGGUGCAGUUGUUGUCUGUAAUGAUGAGGUCGUUGUGAGCUGUCACAAUAUGGUGUUGAAAAAUACAGACCCUACUGCGCAUGCUGAAGUUACAGCAAUAAGAGAGGCAUGUAAGAAGCUCAAUCAACUCGAGCUGUCGGACUGCGAGAUCUAUGCAUCUUGUGAGCCUUGUCCAAUGUGCUUUGGUGCCAUAUUUCUUUCAAGAAUUAAGAGGUUGGUUUAUGGAGCCAAGGCCGAAGCUGCUAUUGCAAUUGGCUUCGAUGAUUUUAUUGCAGAUGCAUUAAGGGGCACUGGGAUUCAUCAGAAGGCUCACUUGGAGAUCAAAAGAGCUGAUGGUGAUGGGGCAAUUAUUGCAGAGCAAGUAUUUGAGAAGACAAAAGCCAAAUUUCCUAUGUAUUAAGAAAAUAAAACUUCAUGUUAUUCUAAUAAGGUACAGUUAAACUUCAUGACCUAUUCAUAAUUACGUGUUUGAAGAACUAUUCGCAUUGUCUUCGAAUAAAUAUGGUCUUGAAGUUUCUGGCCGAAUGUAGCAUGUGGUGGAUUUCUCAGCUACUGUUUGUUUCGAAUAAAUGAGUCGGUUUAAUAUGUUUUUUUUUCUUUUUGAGAAUUACAUGCAGACUUAUUGAAAUUUGUCACUUAAUCAUUUAGA